AUGGCUGAUGAGAUCGCCAAGGCUCAGGCUGCCCAGCCUGGAGGUGACACAAUUUUCGGAAAGAUCAUCCGCAAGGAAAUCCCAGCCAAAAUUAUUUUUGAGGAUGACCAAUGUCUUGCUUUCCAUGACAGUUCUCCUCAAGCACCAACUCAUUUUCUGGUGAUACCCAAGAAACAUAUAUCCCAGAUUUCUGUAGCAGAAGAUGAUGAUGAAAGUCUUCUUGGACAUUUAAUGAUUGUUGGCAGGAAAUGUGCUGCUGAUCUGGGCCUGAAGAAAGGUUAUCGAAUGGUGGUGAAUGUGGGUUCAGAUGGGGGACAGUCUGUCCAUCAUGUUCAUCUCCAUGUUCUUGGAGGCCAGCAGAUGAAUUGACCUCCUGGUUAAACACGUUUUAGGGAUAGUUUUCCUUUCUCUAGGCAAUGGUCAAUAUUUCUAAGUUCCAGUAUGUUAAACAGUAUACUUACUUUUGCCUGUGUAUGGAUAGAUUGAAGAAAUAAUUUUUAAAACCCAUACAUAAUAAAAGACAAUGUUGCAUGGUUAAAAAAAGAAA